AUGAAUCGAAACAUUGCUCUCCUUCGUAAAAUCAACGCCGCCUCUCCUCGACGCUUUUUGUCUUCAUCAUCACCAGGCCUUGAUGGACAAAGACCAGCAGUGAGCGUCCCUCCUGGAACACCACCACAUCAUCAGCAAAACAAUGAAGCAGGCAUUAUGGAACAUGCACCUCGUUGGAAAGAAGAAGUUGCCUCUGAUAGUGAAGCGUGUGUCAAGGCCGACCAUGAGCCAGAAGAAGAUCUAAACAGCCUCAAGAGCAAAAGCGUAGAAUGGAUGAAGAAACAUGGCCAUGAGGACAAGGAAGAUAAAGACUUGAUGUGGAAUAAGGAAAAGUAA